UUUUUUUUUAAUUCUUUUAUUAUCAAAAUGGAGUCAAAAAAGAGAAAAGUAGAAGACUUGGAAUCUUCUUCUUCCAAUAAUAAUGAACCUCCUACUAAAAAGGUACAGCAACAACAACCGGUUAUUACAUACAGGGAGCCUUCUAUUUUGAAUAUAAGGCCCUUGGAUGAUAUUACGAAAUAUAUUGCUGAUCUUAUUGCUACUCAUUGUCAACAAGAAAAUGUAGAGAUCGAGGCUAAAUUAGGUCGAUUCAUUGAUAAAGCUACAAAGGAAAGGUUAAACAUGGGUGCCAUCACAGAAACAAUCAUUCCAUCGGAUCAGAUGAGAUUCUAUCGAUUUGAAUCAAACAUGCCGUUAGAACAACAUCGUCAUUUUAAUAAAAUGCUUAAUGAUAUGGUGACUCGAACACAAGCGCGUGAAUACAAAGGAGAACGUAUUAAAUAUAAACAUACUAUAGAAACCGAUCGUUUUUAUGAAAUGCCCAGAUCAAAAGGAAAAUGGAGAGUAACUACAGAUCAAGCCACUGGACAGAUUAUACCUAAUGGCAUUAUUGAAAAGAAACGUAUUGUUGAUUUAAACAUUCAUGCACCUAAUCAGCCUUUAGAUUAUAGAAUAUCAAUUAAUAUUGAAAUACCUCGUACAAAACCGACUACCAAACCAGUCUAUGAACGUAAUAAAGAUCGUAUCUCUUAUCAACAUGGCGGUAUUGCAUUUGAUUUAACUCAAGUGAAAGGAGGCACUAAUGAUCCUGAAAUACGUCAUGAAUUAGAACUUGAAUUUGCAGAUGCAAAGAUAUUAGCUGCUGAAAAACGCAAGCACGACAAAAAAGAACCUUCUCAAUAUACACACAUGAUAGAAAUUUUUGUGAACAAUAUUCGAAUAUUAAGUCGCAAUGCUUUAAAAUUAUAAAAUGUACU